ACGUUUUCCGUCUAUAUUUUUUUUGUAUCUGAUAAUCAUUAUUAUCUACUGUGAUGCGAGCUAUCGAACAUGUAUCUAAAUUUAGUUAAACGUUAUUUAUAAAUUUACUUGAUAUAAUGUACGUUUCGAACUAGUGAGUGAAUAAUUUGAGUACAAAGCGGAUAAAUAACGUUGAAACAGUUAAACAGUGCGAUGAUAAAAUGGAGAGGAAAUUGACAAGGGAAGAUUUUAUGAGAAAGAGUUUUCGAGCGCCCAGAGUUUCGCCCGCUCCGGACAGCCAAGAGUCGGCCUUGAACGGUGCUCCUCCUCCUUCACCGGUCUCCUUAGCGAUGCUGGAAAGAACUGCUCAGCCGCAGCGAACUCAGUACGAGGUGACGUCAACUGGGAUCGCUCCUAAACGUCUCGAGAUCAGUCGCGCCCAUCCGAUACAUUUGAAAUCGUUCCAAGCCCCCGAUCCGCCGGACGACAAUGCGCCAACUCCGCCCUCCGACGAUGUGCUUCGUAAGCUGGAGAGGCAAAUUGGCGAAAUGGAGCGCGGCUUGGAACGAGCUCAAAACGGAAACGUCACGGUCGACGAGAGAGUCAGAUACGCUGAGCACGAGAAUCUUUUGCGGACCGGCGUGUCUUCGGUCGGCGGAGGAGGCUAUCUACCAGCUGAUUCCGACACAGAACACGACGGAGCACCGUUCAGUAGAAACGAAACGACCAGGAGCAGUACUGGUGGAGCUACCCCGGCAGCCCGGCCGGCCACGCGUCUGUCCAGAACCAAUUCCGACACCCAACAACAUUCGGUGGCCUCUACAGUCCGCCUCAUGAGGAAGCUAGCCGACGGUGGUACUAAAGAUGAAAAGGCGAAGGUCAUUUCGCGCAAGGCGAUCCAGGCUAAAAUGGAACGCGUCAAGAAUUCCGUUGUAGGGACCAAACACGAGCAUAGGGUGUUGGCCGAGCACAGGGCAGACCCGUCGGCGUCCAGAACCCCCGCGUCUCCGAUCUCACCACGCACAUCACAGAGCGCGUCGGAAUCGUCGGCGGGCGCCGGCGGAGGGACCUCUGGCGGCAGCACCAGGGUUUCGUCGAGGUCACGGACUUCGGAGGAACCUCACAUCGGAAAGUACAAGCUACUAAAAACGAUUGGUAAGGGUAACUUCGCGAAAGUGAAACUGGCGAAGCACGUUCCCACCGGCAAGGAGGUGGCUAUCAAAAUUAUAGACAAGACGCAGCUCAAUCCGGGCUCGCUGCAGAAAUUAUUCAGAGAGGUGCGAAUAAUGAAAAUGCUUGAUCAUCCGAACAUUGUGAAGCUCUUCCAAGUUAUAGAGACUGAAAAGACACUUUACCUGGUCAUGGAAUACGCUUCGGGUGGGGAGGUGUUCGACUAUUUAGUGCUACACGGCCGCAUGAAGGAGAAGGAGGCCCGUGCUAAGUUCAGGCAGAUAGUUUCUGCCGUCCAGUACUGCCACCAGAAACGGAUCAUACAUAGGGAUCUCAAGGCCGAGAAUCUUUUAUUAGACGGCGAGAUGAACAUUAAGAUUGCCGAUUUCGGUUUCUCUAACGAGUUCACGCCGGGAGCGAAGCUGGACACCUUCUGUGGCAGUCCGCCCUAUGCAGCCCCUGAACUGUUCCAAGGUAAGAAAUACGACGGUCCCGAGGUCGACGUGUGGUCUCUGGGCGUGAUCCUCUACACGCUGGUCUCCGGUUCGCUGCCCUUCGACGGCUCCACGCUCCGGGAGCUGCGCGAGAGGGUGCUGCGAGGGAAAUACAGAAUACCGUUCUACAUGUCAACGGACUGCGAGAAUCUUUUAAAGAAAUUCCUCGUCCUGAAUCCUGCGAAGCGUGCGUCCCUAGAGAGCAUAAUGCGAGACAAAUGGAUGAACACCGGAUACGAGGAGGACGAACUCAGGCCCUACGUCGAGCCGCAGCAGGACUUCAAGGACCACAAGCGGAUAGAGGCGUUAGUCUGCCUGGGCUACAACAGACAAGAGAUUGAAUACUCCCUGGCUGAAGCGAAAUACGAUGACGUAUUCGCCACAUACUUACUGCUCGGAAGGAAAAGUACCGAUCCGGAGUCCGAUGGCAGUCGCUCGGGCUCGUCUCUGUCCCUACGGACGUCGGCCGCCGCCAACCAGACCCAGCAGCAGCAGCAGACCAACUCGCACGCAGGGUCGGGCUCGCCGUCGCACCGCGGCGUGCAGCGCUCCAUCUCGGCGAGUGCGAGGCCUCAGCCCUCGCGCCGAGCCUCCUCCGGCGCUGAGGUCCUCAGGACCCAAGUUGGUACGACGACGACCGCGUCAAACAGUACGACUUCAACGGCGACCACUACCGCUUCUAAUUUCAAAAGACAGAACACAAUCGACUCGGCGUCGAUCAAAGAAAACACAGCACGGAUCGCUCAAAUGCAAGUACAAAGCACGACUCGUCCGACUAGCGCCCAGCCCAAGCUGGAACCGCGGUCCCGCACCUUGACGGGUGGUGCGCGGCGCUCCCACGCCAAUUACGAGCCGCCCGCGCACGCGCCCAAACUGUCGCCGCCGCACGACGCACCCAGUUUGAACACGCAGUUGACAGUGACUGGCGCCAGUACUGGCACCGGCUCGGCUGCGAGUGCGGCCAGACGCGAGUUCCCCAACCAGCUCGUCUUCCCCAGGAACGUACCUUCGCGCUCCACCUUCCACUCAGGGCAGACGCGGUCGCGCGGGGCGGGCGGCGCGGCGGGGUACGGGGAGGGUGGCUCCCCGCACCAACCGCGGCCCUCAUUCUUCUCCAAACUGUCCUCGCGGUUCUCUAAACGUUUGUCGGUGCUGGGAGAGUCAACCGGCCGUCAGAAACCUCGUAUUUUUUCCUCUCUGGACAUUCAGCGGAGGCCAUUGGAUGGUACCACCCCGAAGCAUGCGGUUGGAGCUAGUCCACAAGCCAUGCUUGGACAAGGAAACGAGGAACAAGUGAAGCCCAGGGUGCUUCGCUUCACGUGGAGCAUGAAGACGACCUCGUCGCGGGACCCGAAUGAGAUCAUGGCUGAGAUCAGGAAGGUACUCGAUGCGAACAACUGCGAUUACGAGCAGCGCGAGAGGUUCUUAUUGCUGUGCGUCCACGGCGACCCCAACGCGGACUCGCUGGUGCAGUGGGAGAUCGAGGUCUGCAAGCUGCCGCGCCUCUCGCUCAACGGGGUGCGCUUCAAGAGGAUAUCCGGAACAAGCAUCGGCUUCAAGAACAUUGCGUCAAAGAUAGCGAACGAACUCAAGCUNAUGGUGCUGAUCGCCAACGGGGGCCAGCGGACGUCCUCCGGCGCGCUGGCUCACUUCCUGGCCGCGUACAGUCCGGCCGAGCUGUCUCUGGCCCGCAGCGACUACCUGCGGCCGCCGGGCUCCCCGCCCCGCCUCCACCCCCGCUCGGCCCUGUCCCUGCGCGCCGACAGCGCCGACGUGCCCUCCCCCUACCGCGUGGCCUACUCCAGCACGCACACGCUGCGCCGACAGCCCCGCGCCCUCUCGCCCCCUACACCCCCGUCACCGUGCGACUGUCUGCCCCUCGAGCCGAUCCCCCCUCCUGAGCUGUUCGAUUUUUAA